AUGAGUUUGCGUGACCAGCUGCGCGCUAUACCGUCAAUAACGGGCACCGCACCGCCGUUCGACCUCGCCACGGCCCCAGACACGCCGCAGGCGCUCUUCCUCGAGUGGCUGCAGGUCGCCAUCGCCUCACACGUGCCCGAACCUCUCGCCGCCACACUGUCGACCGUCACGCCCGAAGGCUACCCCGACGCACGCAUCCUCAUCCUCAAAGAUGUGACCGCCGACGGAGCGUUCGAGAUCGCCACCGGCACCGAGAGCGCAAAGGGGCGCCAGCUAGCCGCGAACCCGCACGCCGCGCUCUCGUUCUACUGGGUGCCCUUGGCCCGCGCCGUGCGGAUCCGGGGCAAGGCGGUGCGUGCGUCCGCCGAGGAGAGCGCGGCGGACUUUGCCACGCGCGGAGCUGAAGCUCGAGCCCUUGCUCUUGUUGGGAAGCAGAGCCAGACCGUCGGGCCGGAAGGCAUCGAGCCGGAUAUUAUUGCUGCCCGGGCCCGGCUCGACGCCGAUCCCGCCACACCCGCUCCCUCCUGGAGCGUGUGGCGGAUCCAGCCUUCUGAAGUGGAAUUCUGGCAGGGAGAGCCCAGUAGAACCCAUCUUAGGCUGUUGUACCGCCGUGCCGACUCGGGCUGGGUGCACGAGCAGCUCUGGGCAUGA